CUUGUCUUUUGCAUUUCACACACAUCUUCGAAAGCGAUAAAUAAUAUAUAUAUAAAAAAAAAAGCUACCUUUCUCCUUUUUACUUGUUUCAAAUUUUCAGAAUUCGAUCCACAAGAACUGAGGAAUCGAAUCCCCAGGAACCAAUCUACUGUGUGAGCAAAGUAGAAAUCAAAUCCAAACCUCUACUCACUUGUAGUUAACUAAAUAGCUAAAGAAGAAAGAAAUGGAGACCGCAAAAGCUUGGGUGAAAAAGCUAAAAUCUAAAGACAAGGUGAAAAAGAAGGAAGCGGCAGCAGCAAUGGAAGUGCCAAAACCACCUGGUGGAGGUGAAGAAGCGCUUUCAAAUGUAACCAAAGAGAAAGCUGCUGCUGCUAAACUUUAUAUUGAAAACCAUUACAAAAUGCAAAUGCAGUCUCUCCAGGAAAGAAAAGAGCGCCGCAAAAUGCUAGAAAACAAAUUAGCUGCUGCGGAAGUCUCUGAGGAAGAGCAAAACAACUUGCUGAAGGAUUUGGAGUUGAAGGAAACUGAGUACAUGCGCCGUCAGAGGCAUAAAAUGGGAGCUGAUGACUUCGAGCCUUUGACAAUGAUUGGGAAGGGUGCUUUUGGAGAGGUUAGGAUCUGUAGGGAGAAGGGAACAGGCAAUGUCUAUGCAAUGAAGAAGCUUAAGAAAUCUGAGAUGCUUCGCAGAGGCCAGGUGGAACAUGUAAAAGCAGAGAGAAAUUUACUUGCAGAAGUUGACAGUAACUGCAUUGUCAAACUGUAUUGUUCUUUUCAAGAUGACGAGUAUUUGUAUCUCAUAAUGGAGUAUCUACCUGGUGGGGAUAUGAUGACUUUACUUAUGAGGAAGGACACCCUUACUGAAGAUGAAGCUAGGUUUUACAUUGGGGAAACUGUCCUGGCUAUUGAGUCCAUUCAUAAGCACAACUAUAUCCACAGAGAUAUCAAGCCUGAUAACCUGCUACUUGACAGAGAGGGUCACAUGAAACUGUCAGAUUUUGGAUUGUGUAAACCAUUGGACUGUAGCAAUCUUCAGGAGAUAGAUUUCACUGUUGCAAGAAACGUUAGUGGAGCUCUACAAAGUGAUGGUCGCCCUGUGGCAACAAGGCGCACCCAACAGGAGCAACUGCUAAACUGGCAGAGAAAUAGAAGGAUGCUUGCUUAUUCCACAGUUGGAACUCCUGACUAUAUUGCCCCAGAAGUUCUGCUGAAGAAAGGAUAUGGAAUGGAAUGUGAUUGGUGGUCCCUUGGCGCCAUUAUGUAUGAAAUGCUUGUGGGGUUUCCACCAUUUUAUUCAGAUGAUCCAAUGACAACUUGCAGAAAGAUAGUAAACUGGAGAAAUUACUUGAAAUUCCCAGAAGAGGCUAGACUAUCACCAGAAGCCAAGGAUCUUAUUUGUAGGCUUUUAUGCAAUGUUGAACAAAGGCUUGGAACCAAAGGAGCAGAUGAAAUUAAGGGUCACCCUUGGUUCAGAGGAACCGAAUGGGGAAAACUGUACCAAAUGAAGGCUGCAUUUAUUCCUCAAGUCAACGAUGAGUUGGACACCCAAAAUUUUGAGAAGUUUGAAGAGGCUGACAAGCAAGUUCCAAAGUCGUCAAAGUCAGGUCCAUGGAGAAAGAUGCUCUCAUCCAAGGACAUAAACUUUGUGGGUUAUACUUACAAGAACGUUGAAAUCGUAAACGAGGACCAGUUAACAGGGAUAGCUGAGCUUAAGAAGAAGAAGAACAAUAAGCCAAAGCGGCCUUCAAUUAAAUCCCUCUUUGAAGAGGAUGAAUCAUCUGAAGAGAAAGCAACACACCAAGGAGGAAGCUUCUUGAAUCUGUUACCGACGCAGAUGGAAGAUCCAGAGAAAGAAGGUAGUAAGUCCAGUUCAUCAGGUGGGUGAAGAACAAGCCCUGAUUUGACUGACACAUUUGCACAGCCUGAAUCAGACAGACUCUUCUUAUAUAUGUGUGUGUUUGAUUUCGUUGAAAGCCUUUUUUGUUUUCUCCAAAAGAGUUGCAAAUGAUGGGGGCUUUUUAACAAAAGUACAGUGUCUCCUGUGGAAAAGCAAAGGCAUUUCCUCAAGGAGUGGAAAGAUGGAUUGUUUCAACAACAUAGGGUUGUUUUGAUUUAUGUUAACAAAGAAAAAAGAGCAGUAAAUAUUCUUUUCGGAAGUGGUUUGUUUAUUAAUUUUCACAAGGAGAUUUUUUUUUUUUUUUUUUUGUCAUUUGGUUGAUCAAAACUUGACUGUACUUACUAACU